AUGGCCGCCAUGCUCUUCCUCAUCCUCCUCUUCACCGCCUUCCGAAUCAAGGUCCCACACAUCGCCGUCGCCAGGGUCACCAGCGCCGGGCCUCAGACCCUCAACCGCCUCCGCAACAGGACCGCCACGGUUCUCGCCGACGUCAAGGUGAGGAACCCGAAUGCGGCGGCGUUCAGGUUCGGCGGCGGUGAGGCGACGGUUUACUACGGGGAGACGGUGGUGGGGGAGGCGGCAACACCGCCGGGGGAGGGCGAAGGCGAGGGGGACGGUCCAUAUGAGCGUGGCGGUAGAGAUUUCGGGGGAGAAGUUAUCCGGUGUGUCGCGGCUCACGGAGGACGUUAA